UCUCCAGAAGAGCCGCCGGGUGGCGGCAGGGGCAGCAGCUCGUCCGCCGCUGCCUGUUGACUGUGUGUUUCUCUGCCCAUUCAGGCAAGAGGGAAAGGGGAGCGAGGAAGGGCGCCCGCGAGAGAGGCGCUUUCCCCGCAGCCUGGGAACCCGCCUCGGAUCCCGCAGGGUUUCCAGCAGGCGCUGCCUGGCUGGGCACUGGCCAUUCCUUAGGGGCUCCCCGCUGCUCUCCAUGGACUGAGGCUGCUCGGGUAUCAGGCUUUGCAUCAGCAGCACAGAGGGAUCCUCGCGGUGCGGGGACUGGACGUGAGCUCCCGGUGACACUGACAAGGAUUUGUGUGUAAUCUGCAUUACGUUCUAACACAUUGAAGGGCAUUUGUCCACCCCAAAAGGCUUCAUAAUCAAGGAUCAUGGUAGACAGUUUAAUAGUAUCUUUGAGACUUCUCAGUUUCAUAGUGGUAUUAGGAUUUCAGCUGGUCAUCCCACAAACGUCAAUUGAACACAGAAAGGUUCCCCAGAGGAUAGAAGAACAAAGUUCUGAAGACAGCAGCGCAGGAAUCCCAGGCAUAUGGGGCAGUUGGGGCCCCUGGUCUGCUUGCUCUCGAAGUUGCAGUGGUGGGGUGAUGGAGCAAACCCGGCCCUGCCUCCCAAGCUAUUACCACGACAGGGCUUAUUCUAGACCAGGGCAACAGUACCCAGCCUUGGAAAGAACUCUUGCACCCCAGCAUUCCCACCGUCGUGAAGAUCCAUUGACCCCUUAUUCCGGCCAUGUCAUCUCUGCCAUCCGUACGUCCGUGCCACUUCACAGAAAUGAGGAGCAGCUUCAGAGAGGUCUUUGGGCUUCAGUUUCCUCCACGGGCCGCAAUGACAGCCAUCUGAACAGAGGAACAUUGAGAGGCAGCCGGCAUUCUCAAAGGCACAGAACCAAGCCAGAGAGGAGAAACAGAAACCAAAGUCCCAUAGGCCCAGGGAAAUAUGGAUAUGGAAAAGUGCCAUAUAUAUUACCACUGCAAACUGACACUGGGCAACUGCCUCAAAAAACACGGCGGCAGCGACAGUCAACAAGGAACCAAGCGUAUGAGCAGAAUCAGGGUCUUGGGAACACACACAAUCAUCCAUCUAACCCUUCAGUUCAACAUGGGAAUCUUUACCAAGAAGAACGUGGACCUCAGGUGUUGGGGCCCUCAAUUUAUCAGCAGGCUUCAACCCAUUCACAGGCCUUUCCUGCAUCUCAAAGUUUGUUUCAUGGGACUGACUCAACCCACCAUGGCUCUGCAUCCCGCCAGCCCUUCCAAGGUCAACCUCACUCUCCAAGGGCUGGAGCUAUUGUGUGCAUUGGAGCCUACAAGCAGUACAAACUCUGCAACACAAAUAUGUGUCCUGAAAGCAGCAGAAAUAUCAGAGAGGUACAGUGUGCAUCAUACAACAACAAACCAUUUAUGGGUCGAUUUUAUGAGUGGGAACCUUUUGCAGAAGUGAAGGGAAGUCAGAAGUGUGAACUGAAUUGCCGAGCAAUAGGCUACCGGUUCUACGUGAGACAAGCUGAAAAAGUAAUAGACGGCACGCCAUGUGAUCAAAAUGGAACUGCAGUCUGUGUGUCUGGGCAAUGCAAGAGCAUUGGCUGUGAUGACUACCUGGGCUCAGACAAGGUGGCUGACAAAUGCGGAAUAUGCGGAGGGGACAACACUGGUUGCAAGGUGGUCUCUGGCGUUUUCAAACACACGCUAACAAAUCUUGGCUACCACAAAAUAGUAGAAAUUCCUGAAGGGGCUAUUAAAAUCAACAUUACCGAGAUGUCCAAGAGCAACAACUACUUGGCACUGCGGAGUCGAUCAGGACGGUCCAUCAUCAAUGGAAACUGGGCAAUUGAUCGACCCGGGAGAUAUGAAGGAGGAGGGACUACAUUCACAUAUAAACGUCCAAAUGAAAUCUCAAGCACUGCAGGGGAGUCCUUUUUAGCAGACGGUCCGACAGACGAGAUCCUGGAUGUCUAUAUGAUACAUCAGCAACCUAACCCAGGUAUACAUUACGAGUAUAUCAUUCCAGAAGCCAAUGUCAUUAGCCCUCAGUUGCCUCCUCACAGAAGGCCAGGGGAGCCAUUCAAUGGUCAGUUAGAACUGACAGAUGGUACAGAUCACGAAGAUGGGAAUUUGCAUAGGGAGACAGACACUCACACUGGACAGUCAACAGGGACCUUUCCUGUUAUUCAGCCAGGAAGGUUUCCUUCUCAUCAGCCAGACAACCAGGUGCCUGCUGUGCAGCCACCACGACGAAACCGAGAACACAACUGGAAACAGGUUGGAACAACUGAGUGCACCACUUCGUGUGGGAAAGGGUUGCGAUACCCAAUCUUCCACUGUGUAAACAGAAUAUCUCAUGAGGAGGUGUCUGAGAGCUAUUGUGACACCAGCACCAAGCCCACGCCAGAAGAAGAAGCCUGCAACAUCUUCCCAUGCCCAGCCUUCUGGGAUAUAGGGGAGUGGUCUGAGUGCAGUAAAACAUGUGGCCUUGGUAUGCAGCACCGACAAGUCCUGUGCCGACAAGUGUAUGCCAAUCGUACUCUGAUGGUUCAGCAAUACCGAUGCCAUCACUUGGAGAAGCCAGAAACAACCAGCACAUGCCAGCUGAAGAUUUGCAGUGAAUGGCAAAUUCAGACAGAGUGGACUUCGUGUUCGGUGCCAUGUGGAGUGGGGCAGAGGACCCGAGAUGUUAAGUGUGUCAGCAAUCUUGGAGACAUUGUUGAUGACGAGGAGUGUAAUAUGAAGCUACGGCCAAAUGACAUUGAAAACUGUGACAUGGGGCCCUGUGCUAAGAGCUGGUUCCUCACGGAGUGGAGUGACAGGUGUUCUGCAGAAUGUGGUGCGGGAGUCCGAACACGGUCAGUAGUUUGUAUGUCCAACCAUGUUAGCAGCUUGCCACUGGAGGGUUGUGGGAAUAACAGACCCUCUGAAACAAUCCCCUGUGACAAUGGACCCUGUGUGGGUAAAGUGGAGUGGUUUGCUGGAAGCUGGAGUCAGUGUUCAAUUGAAUGUGGCAGCGGAACCCAACAGAGAGAAGUCAUUUGUAUUAGAAAAACAGAAGGCAGUUUUGAUGUGUUGAACCCUUAUGAAUGUUCAUUUUUGGAAAGACCUCCCAGCCAGCAGUCCUGCUACCUCAAACCCUGUGGGGCUAAGUGGUUUAAUACAGAGUGGAGCACAUGUUCCAAAUCCUGUGAAGGAGGAUUCCGGGUUCGAGAAGUACGAUGUCUGUCAGAUGAUCUGACACCCAGUAACCAAUGUGAUCCACAGCUUAAACCAGAAGAAAAAGAACCUUGUAACACUCAGGAUUGUAUACCAGAAAUAGAUGAAAAUUGCAAAGACAAAUACUACAACUGCAAUGUGGUGGUGCAGGCCCGUCUCUGUGUCUAUACCUAUUACAAGACAGCUUGUUGUGCAUCCUGCACAAGGGUGGCCAAUAGACAAUCAGGUUUUCUAGGACGCAGAUAACAACUACUCCAUCACCCGUAGCGUCCAUGUUUACCUUCGAUAUGGGAACAUAAACAGUGUUACUGUUUGGACUGCAACUGGUUCUACGUUCUUAAAGAGAUGGUUUCCUUAUUGCUGAGCACAUCAAGACUAUGGUUAUGUCUCUCACAUAACAUGCAGCAUAUAAUAGGAGCUUUUUGGCUUUUAAAAUGUUCAUUGUAAAACCGUGAUUUUUAAAGCAUUAUUUUUUACUGAUACUAUUGUAUGCAUCUGUUCAUCAAAUAAUUGUUAUUUAAGGAAAAUACCACCCUUCUUGUUAUGAACUGAAUGAAAGGAAAAUCAGUCAAAUGCAUUUAUUGGAGAUGUUUGACCAGUACAGAUACAGCAGCAUGAUCAUUUGCUGAGUAUCAACCCUUCUUUGGUGUUUUGGACUUAAAUUAGUAGAUGGUAUCAGUAGAACAUGUAAAUGAGAAGUGUUAUGUCAUAAAAAAACCCAACACCCUUAGGAUCCAUUUAAGCUCAAUUUCCUGGCACCCUAAUAUGUGUGUUUUAUUACCUCAACCCUUCAUACUAAAUUAGUGUCAUGAUUAAGCUCUCUUUCACUAACUUCCUGCCUUCAACUAAGCAGCAAAUGUACACACAUUGACUGCCUAUAAGUGCCUUGUAUCUAAUUCAUAAACUAGUGCAUUAAAGUUAUAGCCUGUAAUUCUGUGUGGAUGUUGAAAACCCACCACAGUGCCCUUAAGUCUUUUAAGUCUUCUCUUUAACAUGUGAAGCUAACAGCUGAAGCUCAAAUGGGUGAUGUUCCUCCACUGAUCUAAAUUGUCAGUUUACACCAGCAGAGGGUCUUCCACCAUGAUGUAGCAAUCUCGCUGCAUAAUAAUUUUUCAUUAUAGAAGUGUUCAGUAAGUAAUAGGAUCAAUCCAAAUGGGUAUAAGAUUCAGUUAGGAUUGCCAUCAGUUUCUGAAGCUGCCACCAAAGGAUCUGGCCCUCUGUCUCUAACAUGUUUUCAUAACCCUUUGGUAUCAGCCGUCUGUGGUGGGUUUUUUUUUAUAUAUAUAUAAAACUGCUAGUGCAGUAGUUUGGAAGUCUGUAUUAAGGAAAUCCUGACUCCUAUCUGUUGAAGGAUUAUUACAGUGUAGUUUGUUUUCUUCCUCAGUAAACUUACUCUAAAAGAAUAGCAUCUAUUUACACCAUGUCUCCCUGUUCCAGUCAAGAAUGGUUACAGAUUUGCACCUGGGUUAGAUGAUCUUCAUUUUCUACACUUACUGUACUCAGUCCUGGAAUUUGCUAGAGCUAAACAGAAUGAGACAUUCAGUGCAGAUAAAGGCAUUCAGUGCAGAUUAAAGGUAUUAAACUACCUGAAAAUUUCACAGUUCAUCCACUUUUAUUGAGUCUUUUUAAGUAUUUCUGUGCAAGUAGCGCUGAGUUCUGCUGGUGGAAAAAAAUAACUUGCUUAUUGAAUUACUCAUUGCAAUGUACUCUAAACCCUACUGAUACCUUUAAUCUUGAGUCCAUUUUUAAGGUGUCCACUGUCUGAAUUCAAAAAUGGUGCCAAAUAAUCCUAUUUAUACCUGAUACAUGUUUACUGUUGAGCUUUAUGCUAGUCCUAUGUUGAUUAUCUCUGAGCCCUAUUGUACCAUCAAUGUUUGAUCAGGAGUCCCUAUUGUAAUCAGUGGGAGUUCUCCUUUGUCUCUAAAAUUUGAUGUCACAAUAAUGAUUCUUUGUGAUUAGAAAUUAUUAAAUGUCAUUAGAACUUGGAUUAUCCUCUAAUUAAUUUAAUUAAACAAUGGGAGACCUGUAUGAAAUUGAAAGACUAAUUAUAUACCUUUUUUUUUUGAGUUAAUGAUCCCUUCUCAGUCCUAUGCCUUUAUGUCAUGAAAAGUCAUCCAUCAAGGACUUUAUAUAGCUCUUGAAGAUCUGAGAUUACACUGUAUACAGUAGAUUCUUGACCAAAGAAUUAUGGGGAGGAACUGUCAAAUUUCCAAUGGUGGUAAAUAUAAAUUUUCAUAUGAAUGUCACAUUGUAGCAAAUCCUGACAAACUGUAUCUAAUUUUGUUGUUUCUCUUUUGCCUUAAGAGAAGUGUAUUUCAUCUACUUUAGGGAAGUAUCUGUAGCAUAAAAAGAUUAUUUACAUCCCAGAUGAAGAAAUAAAUUAUAGUUCACACAACAAUAAUAUAUGAACCAUAAACAGUUUGCACAUACCUUUGGAUAAAGUAAAUAAUUUAAGCUGAACAGUGAGUUGGUAAAUAGGUAUGUGAAUGUGGUGCUUUACACGGUUUGUAGGCAAGUUAUAAAAUGUGUUGCUCUUGAAUACGUGGCAGUUGGGAUGGCUUAGAAGGAUUUAUCUUUUUGUGGGCUCCAUUAAUUUACCAUUGAAGACGGCAAAGUUCAUAGGAGCCGAGUAUAAAAGGGUAUAUAUCUAUGUAUAUAUACCCUGUAUUACUCCUCAGAUUCAUUGCUUUGUUAGUUGAAUGUGGUCACUUAUAUUGAUAGUUAUAUAAACUGAGCUAUCUGGUGUAAGGCCAGUUUUCAUAUAUACUAUUUAAAAAGUAUUAGUCUCACCUAAUUAAACACCAUGCAGUAAGGAGUCAGCCUGAUUGUGGCCAGAUUUAAUCUCUUGCUGUCACUGGCAAGUUUCACUAUAAUUAUGAUAGAUGUUUUUAGAAUAUAAACUAAUCAACUCUCCUUUCCUACACACACUGAUGCAGAAGGACUAAUAUUAUCUAUGGUACUAUUUCAUUGUCACAUGAAGUGCACUUUUAAAACUAUUCAUUUAAACCAGUUAUUGCAUUUUAAUUAUUACAAGUGUUUGUUUUUAUAUAGCAGUGCUCCAGUUUGGCCUGACACCAUGUAUAGUUCCUGAUUCUUUCACUUACAUUGAUGUAAAUCAGGACUGGCACUAAUGAACUCAGUGGAGUUACACGGGUAUAAAACCAGUGUAAGCAAGUGCAGAAUCAGGCUCAUUAAUUUGAAUAACACCUUUUCUUUAUUGUGUGUGAAUAUGUAGUAGAAAAAACAUUAUUUCUCACCUUUCAAAUCUUCAGGUUACAUGAUCUGGGAUAAAAUAGAAGCUCAGAGUAACUAUGGGGACAAUAUGUGGAUCGUCAAUAUAAGGCAAACUGGUGAUUACCUGAAGCCAGCACACAACAAAGGGAGCCCCACAUCUGGCUUCUCAAACAUCUGUAGAGAACCCAUUUUGCUGAUCUUACAUGACAGAGGCAGAUUUUGAGGGGUGAUGCAAAAGCUAGAGGGCAAGGUUUGCAUGGUUUUGCAUGAACAUCACACAACCCAGCCGUGGUUUCAACACACUCAUACAAUUACGACUAAUGUAAUGUAAUAAUCUGUCUUUGGGGCAUAAUACAUCAGGGUCUAGAAUUAAUGUUGUUUUUACAAUGUUUAUAUGAUCCCAUUUCCAUAGCCAAAUGGCAUAGAUCCAAAAUUGGGUCCUUUUAAGUAGGAAAACACUUGCUGUAUUUUCGAGAUGUGUUAACUCAAAAGUUCAUAGACAAGGCACAUAUGGAUGAGAUAGCCACAACUUAAUUGAGUUCAGUGGGACUACUCACAUUCAGGAGUGUUUGGAGUGCUAAUAGCUACUGCCAUACCUGCUUACUCAACAAGAAUGUUUGAUGUUUAGAGCAGUGCUAAGUGAUCAGACCAUUUUAUUACCUUGAACAGAGGACUAGCUGUCACAGCUGUGGGAAUUAAUACAAGGUGGGUUUUUUUGUAGUGAGCGAGAACAAGAUAGCUUUUAACAGUUUGUGUCAGAAAUAAGUCUAGUUAUUAGUAGAGCUAUUCUCCUGAUAGUUCAACCAGCUCCUGAACCCUUGGUGGUUCGUUUUAUUAAAAUAACUACUGAAUGAAUUCCUGUGCAAUGAACCCAGAGUACCUAUAACUGCACAACUAUGAAAGUAUGUAUUGUUCCUGUAUUCUCACAUACAACAUCUGCUGUUUUAAAAGUACCAUUAGAGCAAUCAUUUAUAGAUUGAAUAGCAGAAAAAAUCAUUGCAGAACUUGGUUUUUAUGGCACAGCUGUGUUUAAUGCCUUUUGGCUCCUCUCUAUAAAAGCAUUUGUCGGUCUAUGGGGCAGUUAAUUGGGAAAUUCAAACAAUGAAUGCUGAAAGUAAACUUCCUUCGUUCCUAACACGGCUUACAGAAUAUAUUAGUGGGGGUUAUGUUAGUUUCUAUUUAGGGAGCUGAAUCAAAGCAAUCUACUAACACUUAACAUUUUCAUCUUUAGUGUUUUUAAAUAGGCAAACUAAUUUGCAUUAUAAGAAACAAUUAUUGGGUCAAAUUCUGACCUGGUGAAAGCAGGUGCAACUUUAUUAGACAUGCAUCCACUAACACUAGGUCUGGAUUUGGCCCUUUGUCAAUUUUCAAUGAAACACAAGGGAGUAUAGUUACAUUUUUUUUAAAUGGAGACUCCUUGGAAUUUUAAUGGAUUGAGAAAUGCAAACUCCCAUUAUCUUUUGGGCUUGAUUAUUUCCUUUGAAAAUUCAACACUUUCCCAGUGACUUUCUAACAACACUGCUUUCAUUAGCCUGCUUUGUCAUGGUGCACUGUGUGGGUCUCUUCAGAACUGACCCUGCAAUGUGCUCAUCAUGGGUGGACGUAGGUGCCCUUGCUGACCCUCCCUGAAGUCAUCAGGGACAUUGUUAAGCAGGGGUGUUGGAACAAUUUGUAUAGUUGGGGUGCUGAGAGCCAUUGAACCACACUGUAAACCCUGUAUAUGAUGGCAACCACUUGAAGCUAGGGGGUGAAGCACCCUCAGCACCUCUAGUUCCAGCACCUAUGUCUUCAUGGACUGGGGCCUUAACUGUGCAGAUCAUCAAGCCUCGAUUUGAGUGACACAAAAACCCUACUUUAUAUAUGUAAAAUUACUUACAUUUCACCUUAACCCAGUCAUCCAUCUUGGCAGAAGGAUAUACUUUAUUAUAACUUAUUUUUUGUUAUUUGUAAAUACAAGAUGUUUAUAGGAAAUAUGUAUUCUGAGCUAUGUCUAUGGAACAAGCCACUGCACGAAAAUAGUUCAAUUAUUUAGAAUAUGCAGAUUUUUAUUAAAGGGACCUAAUGUGUAUUUAUUUACGUAUGCCAUCUACAUUUUUGUCCAGGUCUUUCAUCAUACUAAUCCAAGUUUUCACGGAAUUUUAUAGCAUAUAUAUAUAUGUCAUAUUGUAAAUCCAUAGUUACCAUUUUGUAAUUUUCUGAUUAGCCAGUUUCUUGAGUGGAUUUAAAGGGGGAGUAUAAGUUAAAGUACUUUGUGACUAGUUCAGGAAUAUGUAUCCCUGGCAAUGCACCCGAACCUGAACUGUACAGCAUCCUUUUCAUAUUGUAUACAUUUUCUCUUUGAUGGAAAAAGUUAACUAUUUUUGUUUAUGACUAAUUUAUUUUUUAUUAUUGUGAAAAAUAAAGUAAUUAAAGAUCA